GGGGGAGAGAGUCAGUCAAGUUCAAGUCACUGCAGAGGACAAAUCAGCGAGGGACACAGUCUUUCAGCGAUUAUCACAGAAACGUCCACUCCCUCUCCAAGCCAUCCAGGACCUCCACCCAGAGUUCCGAUUAAAACUGAACUAUGUUGUGCCAAGUACAAGAUCAUCAGGCUGACAGAGCAGGUAAGUGAGCUGUGGGAGUUUAAAAGGAAAAUUCUCCUUGAACGGGAGAAAAAGAUGGAAGACCGCAUGGAGAUAAUUGCCGACAAUGAGGCAGAGAAACUGAAACUCCUGAAGACCAGAAACGACCAGAGCAAAGAGAUCGGUGGUCCUCACAGCCCACCCAAACGUCCAAUCAGAUGUCGGGUGAAAACAAAUUUCUUUCCCGCCGUGGCCAAGUACAGGGAGCUGACACAGAAGGUGGAGACCGUCAGAAGACAGGAAGCCGAAAUAAGCCAUCUGGAGGAGAGUCUACACCUGCAGAAUGAGAAGGUGGAAGAGUACAACGCAGUACAAAAGAUGGAAGACCACAUGAAGGACAUAAUUGCCAACAAUGAGGCAGAGAAACUAAAACUCCUGAAGACCAGCAACAACCAGACCAAAGCGAUCGGUGGUCCUGAGAGCCCACCUAAAUGUUCAAUCGGAUGUCUGGUGAAAAAAGAUUUAUGUUGCUCCGUGGCCGAGGUCAGCGAGCUGACACAGAAGGUGGAGGAUCUGGAGCUGACCGUCAGAAGACAGGAGGCCGAAAUAAGCCAUCUGGAGGAGAGUCUACACCUGCAGAAUGAGAAGGUGGAAGAGUGCAACGCAGUACAAAAGAUGGAAGACCACAUGAAGGACAUAAUUGCCAACAAUGAGGCAGAGAAACUAAAACUCCUGAAUACCAGCAACGACCAGAGCGAAGAGAUCGGUGGUCCUGAGACCGAUUCUGUCGCGCCGUGGCCAAGAUCGGCGAGCUGACACAGAAGGUGGAGGAUCUGGAGGAGACCGUCAGAGGACAGGAGGCCGAAAAAAGCCAUCUUGAGGAGAGUCUACACUUGCAGAAUGAGAAGGUGGAAAAGUACAACGCCCUGGAGAAGAGAGCAUUGGACUUGGAGAACACUGUAGCAUCCUUGAAGUUAGCCCACGGGUCCCUUGGUGAGAAGUUUAGGGCGGAGAUUUCCAAGAACAAACCGUUGGACGAGGCCUUAACAAAAGUGAGGAAGGAGAACGUGAUCCUCGAGGACAUCUGCUUGUACCUCAAAAAGAAGAGCCUUGGGGUCUUCGGAAGACAGAUGGAGGACAGAGACACUGAGCUUGAGAAGCUCCGAAGGAAACUGCAAGAGGAGAAGACGAGAGAAACGCGACCAGGUUUCUUCAGGCAGCUAUUAAGGAGGAGCCCUGACCGCCCUCCUUCAGUCUACAAUCCACGGGUCCAGCCCUCUACGCCCCCCAUCUCUCGCCAAAUCUCAAAGAGAAGAUUAAAGAGACAGUUAGACAAGUAAAACACCCAUAAUCUAUCGUGGAUCUAACCAGUGCCUGAUACAUACACAACAGUGUCCUCCGAUCUGCCCCCCAGUCUACACCUGUCACAGCCCUCAUCAGAUUCAGCACCUUCCUGCACUUUUCUAUAAACACCACAUGUUUCCUGAAUGUAAGCCUCUCAUCAAACCAUACUCCCAAAUAUUUAAACUCUAACACCCUUCCCAAUUCCUGUCCAUACAUAUGUAACCGAACCUCUCUCACUCUCCUCCUCGAGUACAUCAUGAAACACGAUUUAGUCACAGACAUCCUAAAACCCCAUCUCUUGGACCAUUCUUCCACCACAUCCACCGCCUCUUGCAUCUUCCUCAUUACAAACUUCUCAUUCUUACCGCUCUUCCACAAAGCCCCAUCAUCUGCAUAUAGUGCCAUACCCAUACCUCUCCCUACAUCCCUAAACACAUCGUCUAUCAUUAUUGUAAACAACACAGGGCUAGUCACACUGCCCUGUGGGGUGCCAUUAGCAACCUCAUGCCUCUCUGACAAUAUCGUCCCCACCCUCACCUGUAUGUACCUGUCAAACAAGAAAUUCAGAAUCCAAUUAUACAACUCCCUCAACUCCCAAUGCACUUAACUUCAUUAACACCCCCUCUCUCCACAUAGUGUCAUACGCCUUCUCUAUAUCAAAGUACACCACCACCAUCUUCUCCUUCAUAGCAAGUGCCUUGGCUAUCUCUGUGCUAACCACCACCAGUGCAUCCAUAGUAGACCUUCCUCUCCUGAACCCACUCUGUGCUUCACUCAUCAAUCCCUUACUUUCCAGGUAGAAUAUCAAUCUUUUAACUAUCAUCUUUUCCAUCAGUUUACAUAAGUUUGAGGUCAAAGCUAUUUGUCUAUAGCUAUCCACCUUCCCUGGAUCUUUACCCGGUUUAGCAAACGGCAGUACUACGGCCUGCUUCCACCCGUCCGGCAGCACCCCAGUCCUCCACACCUUGUUAAACAGCCCUACUAUAGCUUCCAUUACAUUAUCAGGGGCCUUCAUCACCAUCUCAUAGCAUACCCUAUCCUCUCCCGGUGCCGAACGCCUGCAUACCACCAGUGCCCUCGUCAGCUCAAACUGAAUUCCGCAUCCAUCACCUCCUCCGUCCCUACCUUCUUAUGAAACACAUCUCCGUUUUGUUUUAACAUCUCGCAUCGCCUCCUCACAUAGGUGCUCGCCACUGUGAACCUUCGCAAAUGCUACCCCCAACGCAUCCACCUUUUCCUUACCGGUCAUAGCAAUUGCAUCCCCCACCACCAACACUGGUAUUUCCGCAUCUCCUCCUUUACCCAACAUUUUCCUGAACAUUUUCCAUUUGCUGCUGCCACUAGCAUACUUGUCAGUUCCUGAGCACAUUCAUUCACUGAUCCCUCCAUCGUCAACUUCCGUCCUACCCUCUCACGCAAGUACUUGAACUUGAUCCAAUCAGCCUUCUCAUAACACCACCUCUUGCCAUGACCUCUGCUCUGCAUACACACACCAGCCUCAAACCUACCAACAAUAGGGUAAUGAUCACUCCCUACGGUGGAGUCUCAUCACUCGCAACUCACACCUCCCUGCCAUAGACGCAGACACCCACAUUGGAUCUAAACAGGAUUCAGUCCCUUUCCCUAUAUUUACCCUAGUACCACCCCCCCCCCCAUUAACACAUACCAUCCCACAACCCUCCAUACAUUCCUCCACCACUGCCCCAUUACCAUCCGUGUGUCCACCUCCCCAUAUCUCAUUAUGUGCAUUAAAGUCCCCACACCAAAUCACCUUUCCACCCCCACCACACCUACCCAUUACAUCUAGCUGCUCUGCACUUAGAGGCAUACAAGGGUUAUAAAAAUGUAACACCACUAUGCCGCCUUCAUUCCUGCACACCUCUAUCCCGACACACUCUGCAUCGUUUACCUCCACUACUACUGUAUGCCAGUCCGUCCUCAACAAACGUAGCACAUCCGCCCACCUACACCCUCUACACCUACACCCUCUAUCCCAUAGGUCACUAACUGGCGGACCGCGGUCCGGGUCCGGACCCAGAGGCCGUCCCAUCCGGACCCGGACCGCCAGCCAAA